AUGGUCAUCAGAUACGACCCCUAUGACAGGAUUGGCACACAAGCUGAGGCUGUCACUAUCCACUCGAACCCCAUGCAAGCCAUUGAUGCCUUCUAUAGACUCUUUACCGGUCCUGAGAGGCAAUGGGAGCACCAUGACUUCUUGAAGAACGGUCAAUAUCUUAUCAACUGGCUGAACGCCCAUUUGAACCCUGAAAAACCUGAGCCGAACGACUUGGUCGACGAGGUCAUGUCUGAUCUUACCCAAGAUCUUACUGUCUAUCAUGAGAUCACUUACAUUACAAUCAUCCCCUAUGAUGAAUGGAAUUCUAGAGACCAUGGAACACUGGCUGAGAGGCUGGAGGGAAAGUCUGGUGUCCUGCCCCACAACGAUCGAAUAAAUCUCGACCCAGGCCCUGACCCACAGCUUCCUGACGAAGAGAUGGUUGAUGCAGAUGACGUUGUGAUGUCUGAUCACGACCUUCCUCCCUCUUCCGCCCCGCCUAGAAGACCUAGUGAGUACUCCUUCCUCAAUGAUGAAAUUCAAGCUCAGCUCUUGCCGUUUGAAACUGAGCCCUUUGAUCCUCUCUUCGCUACUCCUACUCCUGGGCCUGUACCGCUUCCCUCAGCUAACAAUGCUCCUGCACCACCUCCCCCAGCCAACAACCCUCGUACGCGUGAGAUUCGUGAUACUAGUUUGGGAGACUUGAAUUCUCGUCGACGCUUCCCUUGCACUUUUACUGGUUGUAACAAACGCUUUACUAGACAAUCCGACUUGAGGCGCCACUGUGUCAGAUUUCACCCUAGCCAUCCUCAAACGCAAUCAAUCAUUGGCGAUAGGUGUUCAUGGCAAGUCUCCUCCUUCACAUGUCAGUAG